AUGAUCACCACAUCGUUCGCGGUCGUUGACAAUGAGAUAAUUACCCUACAGCAAGCCUUCAAAAUGCUCAAACAUGCGAAGGACGAGCUUGUUCAGCGCCGUGAAAAGCAACUUGAAUUGUGCAUUCGAGUUGAUGAAGCCAUCGCAGCAAUGAAGAAGGCCGACGUCGAACUAUUUGAGGCAGAACUCGAGCUGGGGAGAGUCAGGCACAUCAUUUCAAAAAUUGGUGUUGAGCUUCCCCUUCUUGACCGACAACGGACGCCCAACAACAUUGAGGAAUUCUUGUUCAAAACUCACGGGUACUGGAGACACGACGCCAACCUGAUGUCUAACGAUAAAUCGAAGAAUACUGGAACUCGUAAGGCCAAUGCCAACUCGAAAACCUCUCAACCUCAACCACGCGCUAUGACGCAACAAACUGCAAGUAGGGUCCAUCAAGCUAAUGGCGACAAAGACAACAAUGCCAUUGACAUGCCAGCAAAUGGACGGCCAGUCCAGAGCACUCGUGGCCAAGGCGGGAGCUUGACACAAUUGCAAAAAACAAGCAAUGUCGUGGGGCGCCAACUUGAACUCAUGCAGCAGAAGCAACAGCAGAAGCGGCAGUGCUCUCGCGAUGAUCAACCUACGCCCACUCGCCUUGAAAAGGGUGGAGAAUCCUUGGCUCGUAACGAUCUGGCUCCUCCAGCUAAACGUGCUCGCGGUGAGGCCCGAGUCACCAUUGUCGAUAGACACGAUGCGCCGUUGUUUUCUGGUGUGUCCAAUCUUGGCUAUGCUUCAUCCACUGCAAGGCAACAAAAUUCUGGAGCAGCGCCACCAAAUGCAUCAAUACGUCUCGAGCAACCGGGUAGAACAAAUCAAACAAGUCUCAACACCAGCGCACCCCCGUCUCAACCACAAAGUUUGGCCAGGGCGUCCAAUGGCAAUGCGCCUCAACCUGCCCAACCUCAAGUCCAACAAAGAGGUCCUCAGGAACAUCAGCGAGCUUCCACGGCAGCCAUGCCCCUCCAGUAUGAGCGUGUAGGCCAAACCGAACAAACUUUGAUUCAGCAGCAUGGCGGGGCGCAACGAGCAGAGAAUCAAUAUACUAAUUAUCAGCUCAAUACUAUUCAUGACGAUAUUUACGGCUCCCCAUCUAAUGAUCGCAAUCACAAUAACCACGCCGACGAUUAUGACGACAAUCACGCCGGUGUCGAAAAUGAUAUGGAUGCUGAUGGAGAGGAAGAUGAAGAAGCAGGAGAAGUAGACAAGCCUGAGGAAAGCAAUGGAUAUGACGAUGGGUUGGAACAUGCUUCGCAGGCUCGCCAGGGUCCGGCUGACAUCACUCUGGACCUUAGUCAAGUAAAUCCAUUUGACAACCGAUUUUACCCUGGAGGCGAAUUCGACUACAUGGGGCAACAGCAAACUGGCACCAACCUGGAUGGUAAUUCCGGUCUCCGGGUUGUUGACCAAAUCUCGGAUGGUGAGGAGGAACGAAGGGCGAUGCAACAUCUUUGGGAUUUUGUACCGGAAAGGAACGCACACAACAAUUACCUUGCUGAGGUAGCUGCUCGUCAAGAACCUCGUUGUCGAACCACUUCAAAAUCGGCCGAGCUACCGGAAGAGGAGCAAGGCAAAGAGCAGGAUGAAGAACAGUUCAAACAGCAGUUCGAGGACGAUAGUGUCUCUUUUUCUGGUGACAACAACAACAACAACAACAACAACAACGACAAUGACAAUGACAAUGACAAUGACAAUGACAACAACAACGACAACAACAACAACAGCAAGAACAACAAAAAGAAAGGUAGCCGAAAGAGAGAUCCCGACAUGACAUGCUUACGACCAUAUCCGAAACCAAUUCAGACCGUGCUUGAGCAUGCAAAGAAUUUGUAUAGAAAACAUAUUGUUGAAGAACACUCAUUUCCUUCUCGUAGAGUUGACCUGACAGAUGCGACCACUUGCAUCGCCCAAGCGUUCUCGGCUCACAAAAAAGAGCAUAACAUGCGGUUUUCAGACAAAUACGCUAUCAACCGAUCAAUGUCGGUCCUGGUUUUCAAAGAGGCUGCCUGCUAUAGAGGCAGCCUCAAAACAAUGUGCCGAAACCUUGUACAAAUUCAUUAUCGGGAUGUGAUUACCGUGUCAAAAGAAACUCGACGAGCAUUUACCAGACCUCAAUUGGUCCAGGAACAUGAGAAUGAAGAUGCAAUUCCGUUAUCCGACGGGGUGCAUCCAGUCAAUAAGUAUGGCGCACAGCAAGUCGACGACGACGAUGACAUUGAGGAGCCAUUCCCGCAACAAAGGGAUGAGCCGACUCUCAUUUGUCAACAAGUGGAGCACGUACUUGGUGAAGAUUGUCUAUUUCUCGCUGGAAAAAACGAUUCAAAUGAAAAACGGACUAACUUCGGCCAUCCAUGUGUGGAGGCCGCGGUCCUCCAGUUUUUUUAUAAUCCCCGCAAUGGGAUUGCGAAACUCUUCCCGGAAUCAUUCAAAGAAAGUAUCUCUAACAAUGCCCUCGCAUUAGUGGCAACCAUUAUAAAGUGCUGUCUCGAUGAAUACGCCACCGGGACCUUUAUCGGACUGGAACUAACAACAGCAAAGUAUGGCAAUGUCCAUACUGGGAUGCUCGCGUUUAUUGAUAUGAUUCAGAAGAAUUCAUAUCAUGGUGCCAAGCUCGAGCAGCGUUGUCGCCACUGGGCAAAGAAGGGCAUGGAAUUUCUCAGAUCUUGUCCCAAUGUCUCCAACCAACUUCAGUUCCGGCCUGUUCUGGACUGA